ACGUGUGACAGCCAAGUCUGGAACUGUCCUUCCUCAGUGGAGUUGUUAUUGCAAUAUCGUACCACAGACCGUACCCUCUGCAUGUAGCUUGCUAACCCCUUUAUCGAGGACAACCGUCAGAUUUCCUUUUCGGCUGAAAGCAACGGAGAUCUGUUGCUAAAUUGUACGCCUAGAGAGGCUAGUGACUGCACAACCAUGGUGAGCAAGACAGAUGACAUCCCGGCGUCAGUUCCAAACUGCAACUCCGUUGAUCCUGCAGAAGGAGACACGCCGGACAGCAAAGAGACUACCAAGACAUCCCUCAAGGAUCCCUGUAGCUGUGCGCACAGUGCCGACACAGCAAUGAUGAACGGCAACGGGGGCCAUGACCACAGCGAAGAGGCCGACUCCAAGCAGGAGGGCAGCGGCGCCGACGCAGACCCCGGCGAGGAGGCCAACGAGCAGGAGGUGAUCGUGAUCCAGGACACAGGCUUCACUGUCAAGAUCCAGGCCCCAGGCACCGAGCCGUUUGAUCUACAGGUUUCGCCUCAGGAGAUGGUGCAGGAGAUCCAUCAGGUCCUCAUGGACCGGGAGGACACCUGCCAUCGUACCUGCUUCUCCUUGCAGCUGGACGGCAACGUGCUGGACAACUUUGCGGAACUCAAGUCCAUCGAGGGUCUACAGGAAGGCUCUUUUCUCAAAGUGGUAGAAGAGCCCUACACAGUGCGUGAAGCUCGUAUACAUGUACGCCACAUCAGAGACCUGCUGAAGAGCAUGGACCCCUCAGAUGCCUACAACGGGGUGGACUGUAACUCGCUCUCCUUUCUUAGUGUCUUCACAGAUGGGGAUCUGGGAGAUAGUGGCAAGAGAAAGAAGAAAGGCAGUGAACUGGAACAGAUCGACUGCACCCCUCCUGAGCACAUUCUACCUGGCAGCAAAGAGCGCCCCCUAGUCCCACUCCAGCCACAGAACAAAGACUGGAAGCCACUGCAGUGCCUGAAGGUUCUCACCAUGAGUGGCUGGAAUCCGCCGCCAGGCAACAGAAAGAUGCACGGAGACCUGAUGUACCUGUAUAUAGUUACCGUGGAGGAGAGGCAUGUCAGCCUCACAGCGUCCACCCGUGGAUUCUACCUCAACCAGUCCACCACCUACUCGUUCAACCCUAAGCCAGCCAACCCCAGCUUCCUGAGCCACUCCCUGGUGGAGCUGCUGAGCCAAAUCAGCCCGGCCUUCAAGAAGAACUUCACCUCCCUCCAGAAGAAGAGGGUCCAGAGACAUCCGUUUGAGAGAAUAGCCACGCCUUUCCAGGUGUACAGCUGGACCGCUCCUCAGAUUGACCACGCUAUGGACUGUGUGAGAGCGGAGGAUGCGUACACAUCUCGUUUGGGUUAUGAAGAGCACAUACCUGGGCAGACUCGGGACUGGAACGAGGAGCUUCAGACGACCAGAGAACUGCCCCGCAAGAACCUUCCAGAACGGCUGCUGAGAGAGCGCGCCAUAUUUAAGGUCCACAGCGACUUUGCGGCGGCGGCCACGCGCGGCGCCAUGGCGGUGAUCGACGGCAACGUGAUGGCCAUCAACCCCGGCGAGGAGACGCGCAUGCAGAUGUUCAUCUGGAACAACAUCUUCUUCAGCCUGGGCUUCGACGUGCGCGACCACUACCGCGAGCUGGGCGGCGACGCGGCGGCCCACGCCGCGCCCACCAACGACCUGAACGGCGUGCGGGCGUACGGCGCCGUGGACGUGGAGGGCCUGUACACGCUGGGCACGGUGGUGGUGGACUACCGCGGCUACCGCGUCACGGCGCAGUCCAUCAUCCCCGGCAUCCUGGAGCGCGAGCAGGAGCAGAGCGUCAUCUACGGCUCCAUCGACUUCGGCAAGACGGUGGUGUCGCACCCCAAGUACCUGGAGCUGCUGGAGAAGACCAGCCGGCCGCUCAAGGUGCAGCGCCACCCGGUGCUCAACGAGAAGGAGGAGCCCGUCCCGCUGUGCUCGUCCGUCGAGUGCAAGGGCAUCAUCGGCAACGACGGGCGCCACUACAUCCUGGACCUGCUGCGCACCUUCCCGCCCGACCUCAACUUCCUGCCGGUGGACGGCGAGGAGCUGCCCCCCGAGUGCCAGCGCCUGGGUUUCCCACGGCAACACCGCCACCGUCUGGCCUGCCUCCGACAGGAGCUCAUCGAAGCUUUCGUCGAGCACAGGUACCUCCUCUUCAUGAAGAUGGCAGCGCUGCAGCUCAUGCAGCAGAAGGCCAACAAGGAGAACAAGGCCGCGGCCCUGACCGACGGCAGCAACACCGAGCCCGAGGCCGCCCCCGCAGACGCCCCUCAGUCCGCCCCCGCCUCCGAAGGCCCCGAGCCCGCCUCUGACGCCCCCACCGAGCCCGCAGCGACCCCCUCCAGCCAGCCAGAGGCCAGCCAGACCCCCGAGUCCCAGCCAGCAGAAGCAGAAACAGAAACGACCACAACAGUAGAAACAACAACAACAGCAACAACAACUACGGCAGCUGAAGCCACAGAGCCGGCCGACACUCUGGCCGUGACCACCAACGGCACCCCAGAGCCCGAGGGCCCCGACGGCCAGGGCAGAGAGUGUGAGAGCCCUGUGGAGGGUAAGGAGGCUGAGGAAACUAUCCCGGGCUUAGCCCAGGCCAAAGAGCUGGCAGAGUCCUUAGCAGCAGAAGACGGAUCCAGUAUUGACCCCAAAAGUCGCGAGGUGGUUCUCAACGCCUGCAAAGCCGUGGGCUCGAUCAGCGACACGUCAUUCGACAUCCGCUUCAACCCGGACAUCUUCUCCCCAGGCGUGCGCUUCCCUGAGAGCAGUGCCGAUGCCAUCCAGAAGCAGAAGCAGCUGCUGAAGGACGCGUCUGCGUUCCUGGUGUCCUGCCAGAUCCCCUCGCUGGUUAAAGACUGUUUAGACCACAGUGCUCUGCCUAUGGACGGAACCACGCUGACCGAAGCUCUUCACCAGCGUGGCAUUAAUGUGCGCUACCUCGGCACCGUGCUGGACUUUGUGGACAAGACUCCUGCAAAAACACAACUCGAGUACUUCUAUAGAAUAGGAGUAAGUGAGUUGGUCACCAGGUGUGCAAAACAUAUCUUCAAAACAUACCUCCAGGGUGUGGAGCUCUCAGCUCUGUCCGCGGCUGUGAGCCACUUCCUCAACUGCUUCCUGAGCUCCUUCCCUGACGCCGUGGCCCACCUGCCGGCCGACGAGCUGGUGUCCCGCCGGAAGAACCGCAAGCGCCGCAACCGAGUGCCCGGCGGAGGAGACAACACCGCCUGGGCCAGCCUCACGCCCAUGGAGCUGUGGAAGAACAUCGUCUCCGAAGCACAAACCUACUACCACUUCACAUUGCACUGUGAGAGUGUCGACCAGGCUGUGGAGAAGUACGGCCUCCAGAAGUCCACGCUGUUACGAGAGAUCUCCGUCAAGACGGGCAUCCAGAUCCUGAUUAAGGAGUACAACUUCGACAGCCGCCACAAGCCGGCCUUCACCGAGGAGGAUAUCCUGAACAUCUUCCCCGUAGUCAAGCACGUCAACCCUAAAGCCUCCGACGCCUUCCACUUCUUCCAGAGCGGACAGGCCAAGGUGCAACAAGGGUUCCUUAAAGAGGGCUGUGAGCUCAUCAAUGAGGCCUUGAACCUCUUCAACAACGUGUACGGAGCCAUGCACGUGGAGAUUUGCGCCUGCCUGCGCCUGCUGGCUCGGCUCAACUACAUCAUGGGGGAUCACCCAGAGGCACUUAACAACCAACAGAAGGCUGUCUUGAUGAGUGAGCGAGUGCUUGGCAUUGAGCACCCCAACACAAUUCAAGAAUAUAUGCACUUGGCUCUUUACUGCUUUGCCAACGGCCAGCUGUCCACUGCCCUGAAGCUGCUGUAUCGUGCCCGCUACCUCAUGCUGGUGGUGUGUGGGGAGGAACAUCCCGAGAUGGCUCUGUUAGAUAGCAAUAUUGGCCUGGUGCUGCACGGUGUAAUGGAGUAUGACUUGUCGCUGCGUUUCCUGGAGAACGCCUUGGCAAUAAACUCUAAAUACCACGGGCUCCGCUCCCUCAAAGUGGCACUCAGUCACCACCUUGUGGCGAGAGUAUACGAGAGCAAGGCGGAGUUCCGUUCUGCACUGCAGCAUGAGAAAGAGGGCUACACCAUAUAUAAGAACCAGGUGGGAGAAGCCCAUGAAAAGACAAAGGAGAGCUCUGAGUAUCUGAAGUACCUUACCCAACAAGCCGUGGCCCUCCAGAGAACCAUGAACGAGAUCUACAAGAAUGGUUCCAAUGCCAGUAUCAUGCCACUCAAAUUCACAGCUCCAAGUAUGGCCAGUGUACUGGAGCAGCUGAACAUCAUCAAUGGCAUCAUCUUUAUUCCUCUGAGCCAAAAGGACCUGGAGAACCUGAAGGCCGAGGUCCAGAGGAGGCAGAUGCUCCAGGAGGCCAGCAAGAGCGAGGAGCCGUCGGAGGAGACUCCCCUGGAGCCAGAGGACUUGCCCGUGGACGAUUAACACCUCUCACCCCUCUUCCCGAAACGCACCCCCCUCCACUGCCAGGGGCAGCCACGAUGCAACAGCCAUCUGCUUGAACCUAUGGACCUGAGAAACUGAAGCUGUCUAAUUUAAAACCAAGAGAAUGAGAGAUGGGAAGGGAGAGAAGGGGGAAUGGGGCCAGGGCAGGAAGUCAGGAAGCGUGUUGUCGUUUUUAUUCUUUCUUUUCUUUUGUGCGGUGGGUAGGAGACGAGGAGUGUGAGAGAAACAAAACCAUGGAGACAAAAAAAAACAGCGUUAAAAUGUGUGUGUGCAAUCCAAAAGGGGCCUGACGGCGGGCCCCUUGAAAGGGAGCAGAAAGUCAGUGUCACUCCGACUCUGCCAGCGUCUCGGUAGCGCCAACAAGGCCGGAGGUGACCACGGAUCGACCAUGACAUUGUAUACCAGAGCCUUAUCCACUGAUCACCCACCCUGCCCUUCCCAAUUCCUGUUUUGUCUGAGCCCAGGACCACUGUACACAACCCUACACCUCCAUUCCCCCCUUUAACACCAACCAAAAUGACACCCCCAGCACCACCUCCGAGAGCCACAGAGGGCCCAGGCUAUCCAAGUCAGUUGCCACAGUCACCAGGUCCCUCUGCCCCCUUCAACACAACUCAGCCUGGCCUAAAACUCAGGUGAUUUUUACUGUGCACUAGGCGAGACUGGGAAAAAGAAAAACACAUACAAAUUUCAUAGAGAUUUCAAAACGAUGUGGGCUCCAGAAUGUAGACUUUUCUCGCCGAGGUCUUGCAGCAAGGCUGUAUCAAUCAACCCCCUCCUCGUUUGUUUCUUUUGGCCCAUCAAGUCCAAAAGUUAGUUGUAAUCCCAAGGCUGCUGUGUUUUUGGCUUAAACAGAUACAGCUUCACAGAUGCAUGUUCUCAUCCAAUCUUUGUAGACUGACAACACAUCUUUCUUGAAAAUGAAUUAUCUUUUUGUAUGAGUAACUGGGAAGGGAAAGAAGCCAUUUUAGAUCUGUCAUUUAUCAAUUAAUUUAAGACAUGUCCAUUUUAUAGAGAAAUAUACUUUAUGUGGAGAGAUGUAAAAAGUCUAUGUCUAUCAGUUUGGACAAGGUACUUGAUUCAUGUUGAUGGAAAUACAGGUUUGAGACGUCCAGCUUGAAUUAGAAUUAUAAACUUGAUCUUAGUGUUCAAUAACACCCGCUUUUUUCCACUAUGAUGGUGUGUGUGUGUGUGUGUGUGUGUGUGUGUGUGUGCGCGCGCGCGCAUGUGUGCGAGCGAGCGGUUGUGUGUGUGUGUGCGUGCGUGUGUGCGAGCGAGCGGUUGUGUGUGUGUGUGUGUGUGUGUGUGUGUUGUGUUUGUGUGCGCAUGUGUGGAGAGGGAUUCACCAGUGACCAGGCAAUGGGAAUAAUGCUACUGCUGCUGCAACAUUUCAUUAUUUCAUUGGGGAUGCCUCAACUUCCCAAAAGUUUAUUUUUAUACAUAUUAAACACCAUUCGGUGGAUGAUAUUAGCUCAUAGCUCAGAACAAAUUGUUUGAUGUUUGGCCUUUGGCUUGAUUAUAACAACAAAACUGCUAACAAUAGAGUGACUUCAAACUUCAAAAUUGAUUUGACGGAAUCAAUUCUAUCAAUUGUACCAUCCCAGCCCUUUGACUGUUUGGCUUGUUGAAGAGUUAGUCAUAAUUUUGACUAGUCAACAGACACCUACUACAUAUUCCUUAGCAGUAUUUAGUGCACUUUCUAAUGCUGUCUUGAACACAUUCAGCACCACCUGAAGUGGAUUGUGAGAUGGGCUGCUUUGACGUUAUAUACCAAAAAAAAGAAAAAGAAAAAAAGAUAGAAUGCCAGAGGUGUAUGUUGGCUUGUAUACAUGCACUGUGUUUCUUCCUGGGUAAUGUCUCAGCUGUGUUUUGUGUGCGGUAUGUGGUUGAAGCAAUAGAGAUGCUGGACCUGGCCUACUCAUGCAGGUUUCUGCUGCACCUUGGUGAAAGACUGAAGGAUUAUCCGAUCUAUUAUUUUCCCAGAAAUAUUUGUGUAUUGAGAAGCAUAGGCUAUGUCAGCAAGAAUGUCCAAGAGAACAGUUACAACAGUAAUUGAUCAUGCCAUGUCUUAUGGUGGGGAAAAAACAUGUGGGACUAAUUUAAGCAAUGUGAGAUUUGUGCCUAUUUGCAGUCUGCUUCAAACCAGAGUGGUUUUGUUUUUUUCUUCGUUCUUGAAAAGGUAAAAGAGUUCCUCUUGGUUUGGAUUUACUGUGUUGAUUUUGUUAUUGCCUCAUCAUUCACCCUUUAUAGUAUCUAUAUGGAAAAUAAUCUUAUGAAGGAGAACAGAAUCUUACCUUCAUCCAGCAGCGUUGUUCACGAAUGUCUGUCUUCUCUUGCAGUACUAUUAGUCACCACAAGGCUGUGCUCAAGAGGUUGUGCUUCCUUGCAAAAUUCAAGGUUACAAAUAAAAGACUUUAAGGGUAUUUCCCAGAUUAGGGGUCAAAUUGGGUUGCUGAAAUUUUGAAAAUCACAAUUCCAAAUUUGACUAAUUGGUAUACAUCAAAUUAAUGGUCCUUUAGUCAGGAGUGACGUUAUGAGCUUGGUUGAGACCAUACAAUAAGGGAAUUUAUUAUUUUUUGCCAUUUUCUUAACUAUGUCAAGUAAAUGUGUCAUUACCAUCACAUCAUCAAAAAGAUAUAAAAAAUGAAGCUUAAAUGAUAAAUCAAUGCUUUUAAAACAUUUUCUGGUUUCUAAUGAAAUCUAUUUCAUCUUUAGCUCAAUGGUAUUGUUGUUUUUUACUUGCAAGAUGAAUUAUAGUCAUUUUAGUAUCUACAUUUCUGAUUCAUCAAUCUACCCUAGUUUUGAAUAUAAGCUUAUUUUAAGGAAAUGCCAUAAAUCAAAACUUUUUUAAUACAGUGAUCAUUUAGACUGUCAAACAUUGUCAAAAUAUAUAAUUGUUGGAUAGUUUUGUAAUUUAUACCUAAUUUAUUGGCAAAAAUAUGUAUGUGAUGGUGAUGACACUGCAGCUCUGGUAAUGACAGUUUGAUGUGAUAAUGACAAAUCACUGAUAGUAAACUAAUACAGUGAUCAUCUAGACUGUCCAACAUUGUCAAAAAUACAUAAUAGUUUGAUAUUUUUGUAAUUUAUACAUCAUUUAUUGCCAAAAAUAUGUAUUGUGAUGGUAAUGACACUGCAGUUCUGGUAAUGACAUUUUGUGGCGGUGAUGACAAAUCACUGAUGGAAAUGUGCUGGUAAUGACUGUGCUGGUAAUGACAUUUUUGUCAAAAAACUAGCUUUCCAAAGCAGAGAUGAUGACUAAGCAAGUGUAGCUAGCUUUCUAUGUGUAAUGUACACAAUUUAACUAUUAAAGUGACAAAAAAUAAUUAAAAAAAUAUUUAAAAUACAGAAAUACAACACGUAUGGUAAUGACGCAUAAUAAGUGUACAUGCCCAACACGAAGAAUAAAGAGUGGAUUUAGUCACUUUUCUGGACAUUAGGGCAUCUGUCUUGCAGCUUGAAAUCCAUGUGCUCCACUAUGAUAUUAUGUUACCAUGGCUACCAAAUACAUUUUUGAUGAAAAAACAGUAGGAAAGUGCCUCUAUGUAGAGUGUGAUGGUAAUGACGGCAAAACCAUGGGACAGGUAUAAAUAGAGCAAAAUAGAGUAUAAAAUGCAUAUAUAUGCUUAAUCUGUGGAUGUAGUCUAUUAGUUCAGGUAACAUUUAAUUCAUAUGCAUACUUUUUUUUAUUAAUUUGUGAUAAAUAAUGUUUGAGAUAUGACGUGACAUCUAAAAACUCUAGUGUGGGACAACACCAAAACAUAGUUUUUGUACCAUAAAACAUCAAUAAAAUGUGUUAAAAUCAUUAGUAUGAGCAACCAUAAAAAAAGUAUAUGCUUGGUUUUGUUUAUACUAAUUAGUGGUGCUCAAAUUUAUUCGAUUUAGUUUGUUUUUCAUAUAAUUACACCCAGGGGACAUAAAUUGACCCGAAUUCUGGGAAAUGCCCUUAAUUAUGAAAAUGAUUUUUAGGAGGUAUUGUAAAACAUAUCUUUGUACCAGUAUGUCGACUGUUUGUGCUAUUCCUGUUAAGGACUGACGAGAACUAAGCUUUGAGGAAGACGUGGAGAUGAAAUGAGCAAAGGUUCUGUCAAGAAUUUGUGAGGGGGAAAACGGCACAUCCUCAAACUGAUCCGCUAGUCAGACAUGUGGCGUCUUGGGGAUGCUCUUCAGUGAUUUCUCUUGUCAUUGAUCUUAGAAUUAAGGUGCUUUUAAAAUUAAAUGCAAAUCCUUUGCUGUGUUUCUCAAUUCUAUAAUUUCUUUUGAUUGUGUAUCUGUAUCUUUUUUAAUAGGCUGCAUUAUGGCCUAUAACAACUGAUUGCAUGAAAAACAUGAUCUCAAAAUAUGUCUAUAGGAGCCUGAUGGGGAAGUAUCUCCAUAGUGGAACAUGUUUUGCGUUUCGAGACAUUUUAAACCAACCAAAUAGUUGUUUCAUUUGAUAAAGUUAGGCCUAGUAAUAUUGAGCAUUUACAAAAAAAAUGAUAAAUUCACAGAUGAUAACAUCUUGUAUUUCAAUUGUGUAAAAGCUAGUGUUGCUGAAUGUUUUGUAUUGUUAAAAAAUAAAACGCAAGCACAGGUAGCCUAAAGUGUAGGCCUAGCCUCUUGUGGACAUGAGUGAAGGGUGUCAGUCAAGAAAGUGCACAGAACAACGCUGAUCAAUUGUGUUAAAAUGUCAUGCUGGGUUUACCGAUGUGGACCGCUGUCCUGUGCAUAUACUUUCUCUGAUUUCUCCAUAGAUAGAGACUAUCCAUUAUCAACGUAAGAGACUGAUGUGACUAAGUAGAUGUGUUAAAACAAAAGAUGUGAUAAAAACGCCUACUUAUGAAAACAACUGGCUUUUUAGCAUAAGACAACCUACAUGCCCCUACACACCUGAAGGACAGCAGCAUACCGUCAUAAAACAGUGUCAGAAGUUUGUCUCCGUGUGCAAUGAAUGGAAUGACGCUGUAGGGCCAUAUACGGUGCUUGUCCAUUACAAUGUCUGCUGCUGUCGAACGCACACUGAUCAUACAAUAUUUUCUGUGUGAUGGAAAAAAAAAAUCUGAAUGAGUCUUUGUUUUGUACGCUACUCAUUUGACAUUUUGUUCUGCCCCUGUAGUGUGCGUCUGCUUUGGUUUCGUUUGCUGUGUGGUUAUCUGUCUGUUGCUGUUUACAAAUAACAACCUAAUUAUUUUUGGUCUGAUUAUGCUUUUGUAUUAAAAGAAAUAAAAAAACGAUUAGCAAGUUGCA